AUGUUUUCCUCAUAUCUUCUUGGUUGUCCACAUCUUCCUUUAUCCAACACUUUUAAAAACGGAUUCGAUUUUUUCUUUCUUUCUCUAGUAAUCAUGGACCCUUCAAAAGAUAAAGAUGAUGCCUUUGUAGAGAUGUCGCUUAAGUCUUACGAAGGUGAUUCUUUAGGCAAAGACAAGCUCAAAGAAACCAAGGAACCAAUGCUCUCCAGCCACAAUGCCAAUUCUUCGAAACGCAUUCGAACUGCCAGCACAUUGGAUGAGGUACGCUGUGGAAUCGGAGGUUGCUACCUUCAAUGCUGUCGUAUAUGCGCCAAAUUGUCUGUCUUCACAGCCAUCUGCUCCCUGUCAUCGCUCUUCUCCCACGCGAUUACCAUGUACAUAUCGUCUCAAAUUCCCGUCUUGGAGAAACAAUUUCACUUGCGUAGUUCAAAAAGCGGCUUCAUUAUAAGUUGCAACGAGAUCGGCUUCUUGUUAAUGUUCUUAAAAGUAAUUUCUUUGAAUUGGCACAUUAGAUGCUUCAUGGCUUGUUGCUUUUUUGUUUUUUGA